UAUGGAAGCAUUUUCUCGAUUCAUUGCAAGAAUAAGAGACGAAGAUGAUGAAAAAAAAGAAGAUAAGGAUAAAGACACAAAAGAGGGAGACGCUAUAGUAAAAGACGAGAAUAAAAAAUUAGAAAAAGAUGUUCAAUUAGAGAAGGAGAGAACAAAAGAAUUAUCCGAUCAGGUUACCUCGAAAAAUGCUCUCUUAGAACAAGGAGUUUCUAAAGCCAUUGAAAACGGGUCAUUGAAGAUAGCUCCAGAUGCAGCGACCAGUAUUGCAGAUUUGCAAAAUCUGAGAACAGAAUGUAGUAUAUUACAACGACAAUUAGAGCUUUCUCAAAAAACCGUAGAAGAAGCUCACAUUGCUAAAGAAAAUGCCGAAUAUAAGUUGAGAGCCUACGAAACUCAAUCCGGAAAUCAAAAUAGUAUCUUAGAAGCUUUAAAUAAUGCAAAAAUUCAAGCAGAACAAAAAGCAGAUUUAAGGCAGAAUACAGCUGGAUCAAAGGCUUUGGUAUCAGUAAAGGACGGAGAAUUAGCCCAACUAAAAGCUUUAAAUAGGAAUCUCAAAAAAGAGCUGGAACUUCUUUCAGAGCAAUUAAGAAUUGCCAAAGAUGAAAUGCUCUCAAACAGAGAAGAGAUCAAAGCUCUAACAUUCGCUUUAAAAAAUAAGUUAUUAGAGGAGCGAGAAGCUAGAAAGAACCUUGAAAAGAGAUUAUGGGAAAAGGAAAAUGAAUGCUUGUCUCACGAUUCUGACUUUCGUACGGUUUCUAGGACAUUAAGUAUAACAAGCGAUGAAAGAGAUGGGUAUAAGGCCAAACUGGAUGACCUUAACGAAAGGGUUCAUGAAAUGGUUAAUGAAAAAUCAAAAUUACAGCACGAGUUGAGAGUAAAGGAAAAUAAAUUAGAUGAAGCAAUUAUGAUGCGUAAACAAACGGAAAGGCAGCUAGAAUCGACUAAAGAAGAGCUAAACGAAUUGCAAUUAUCAAGAGAUUGUUUACAUGAGAUUACCGAUAAUCAAAAAAGCUCUGUUUCAGCAGCUAAAAAACAGGCCACAAAAUAUCAUCAGGAAAAGACUGAGUUGAAAAAAACUAUAUCUGGUUUAGAGGGGGAAAAACAUAAACUUCAAAGAAAUUUAAGAGAGUCAGAAAGUGAAAAGGAUCAAUUAAUUUCAGAUAAAGAAAAAUUGGCAAAAGAUGUCAUAAAAAUAGCAACCCAAUUAGAAAACAAAGAUGAACUAUUGAUUGAGCAAAAACAUCGAUACGAAAAUGCUAUUGAAAAUAUUAAAUUAGAUUUUAUCAAUGAAACAACGAAACUUGCCCAAUUAAAGGAUGCCGCCGAAAACGAGGCAAAGAAAUUGAAAGAAGAAAAGAGAGAAUUAGAGCAUGAAUUAGAACUUAGAGAGAGAGAAAUGACAGACUACGAUAAGAAUUCAGAUAAUAAUGAAUAUUUUUCAAGGGAGAAGAAAGAUUUAAAUAACAAACUUCAAGCUUUACAAAAUGAAAAUAGAGAUUUAAGUUCAGAGGUGAAAAAAGUCAAUCAAAGUCUUUAUUUAUUGGAAAAAGAUAAAGAACAUCUAGAUAAGCUUAUUCAAGAAAAAGAUAAACAAUAUAGUCAAUUAAGGGAAGAACUAAAUACCGAGAGACAUAAAUUUAUGAACGAUAUAUUUUCUUUAAGAGAAAAAUCCUAUCAACAAGAAAAGCAAACAGAUAAUAAAAUUGCUGAUAUUUCUGAAAAGUAUAAAAGAUCCAGAAGCGAGAAAGAAGAAUUAAAUAUGCAAUACACAGAUCUAUUGAGAAGUUACGAAAACGUUAAAGGCGAUAUAAAAGAAUUAGAAUAUCAAAAUGAACGUCUAAACAGUCAUAUUGAAAGUAUUGGAAACAACACCCAAUAUGCCGAGAAACAAUGUGAUGUUUAUAAAGCUAGGAAUGAAUCUUUAAAGCAACAAUUGGCUAAAGAAGAAGAAGAAAAACAAAAACUGAAGGGUCAAUUGAUUAAUUGUCAAACAGAGUUGAUAAAGGUUAAAGAAUAUUACGACAAUUAUAAAAGAGAGGGAGAGUCUUCUAUUACACUAUUGACAACCAACCAAGACUAUACGAAAGGUUUAGAAGAACAAUUAAAAGACGCUAGAAAUCAAAUUUUAACUUUACAAGAAGAACUAGAAAAAACUAAGCUAGAGUAUGAAUGUAAAAUAAAACUAAUUCAAGAUGAACUAGAUGCAAUAAAGGGGACAAGCGUUAAUAAAAUUGAUGAUUUGACGAAGGAGAAUGAAAGAUUAUCUACUAAUUUACAAGAUACAAAACGUAUUUUAAGUGAUAAAAUAGAAAAACUUAAAAAUCUACAAACUGAAUUAGAAGACACUAAGUCUGCUUAUGAACACAAGUCUAAUGAAUUAAUUAAAAACCAAUCAAAACUAAGACUAGAAUUAGAAACGAGACAAGAACUUGAGGAAAGGCUUAACAAGCGAGAAGAAAUGAUGAAUGAACUCCUGACAAAUUCAGAGAAGGAUAAAACCCAUAUAAUAGAAAUCUCUAAUGCCAAGUUAAAUUCGGUAUUGAAAAGAGUUGAAGAAAGGGAUAAAGAAUUGGAAGUUCAAACCGAACAUUAUCAGGAUAUUGAGAAGAAAAAUGUACAGAGUGAAUAUAAGAUAGUGAACGAGUUCUCUACAAAGUUAAAAGAGGCUGACGACCGUUUAAAGAGAGAGAAAAUGUCACAUUCCUUAACGAAACGACAAUUAGAGAUGGCUCACGAAGAUUGCGAAAUACUAAGAGAGCAAUUAAGAAUGAAUAGAAGCAAAUAUAAUCAACGAAUUCUAAGUAUGGCCAACUUCGAUUCUGGUAAAAAUAGAUCGGAAAAAAUUAAUGAGAUUAUCGCGAGAAGUGAAGAAAAAGCCCAAAGACUUUUAGAAAGUGGAAAAGUAUUCGACAUUCCCUAA